GGAGGCGGGCGGGCGCUCAGCUCAGUCCCGGGGAGCCGAGCGGGCGCUGAGCAGAGGGGGCCGCGGAGCCGGCUGUAGCCGAGCGCGGAGACCCUCGCCACCGCCGCCGCUGCUCGCAGAGCGGGAUGGGGCGCCUCUCGCGGGGACCCGGGUCCCCCCGAGGGCCCGGCCCUCCGCGCCCGGAGCUCGGGCUGCCGCCACCGCCGCUGCUGCUGCUGCUCGCGCUGGCGGCCCACCCGGGUUGCGCUGCACCCGCGCCCCGCGCGGAGGACCUCAACCUGGGGGUGGAGUGGCUGAGCAGGUUUGGUUACCUGCCUCCAGCAGACCCAGCAACAGGGCAGCUGCAGACCCAGGAGGAAUUGUCCAAGGCCAUUGCUGCCAUGCAACAGUUUGGCGGCCUGGAGACCACUGGUAUCCUAGAUGAGGCCACUCUGGCCCUGAUGAAGACUCCUCGCUGUUCCCUGCCGGACCUGCCUCCUGGGGCCCAAGCACGAAGGAAACGCCAGACUUUACCACCAACCAAGUGGAACAAGAGGAACCUUUCGUGGAGGGUCAGAACAUUCCCACGGGACUCACCCCUGGGCCGGGACACAGUGCGUGCACUCAUGUACUACGCCCUCAAAGUUUGGAGUGACAUCACACCCUUGAACUUCCAUGAGGUGGCAGGCAACAUUGCUGACAUCCAGAUCGACUUCUCCAAGACUGACCACAACGAUGGCUACCCCUUUGAUGGCCCUGGUGGCACAGUGGCCCAUGCCUUCUUUCCGGGUGACCACCAUACUGCGGGGGACACUCACUUUGAUGAUGAUGAGGCAUGGACCUUCCGUUCCUCAGAUACUCAUGGGAUGGACCUGUUUGCGGUGGCUGUCCAUGAGUUUGGCCAUGCUAUUGGGCUGAGCCAUGUUGCUGCCCCAAGCUCCAUCAUGCAGCCCUAUUACCAGGGCCCUGUGGGCGACCCACUACGUUAUGGGCUUCCCUACGAGGACAGGGUGCGUGUCUGGCAAUUAUAUGGUGUGCGGGAGUCCGUGUCUCCUACCGCACAACUGGACAUCCCAGAGCCUGAGGAACCGCCCCUCUUGCCAGAGCCCCCCAACAAUCGGUCCAGCACCCUGCCCCAGAAGGAUGUGCCUCACAGAUGCACCACCCACUUUGAUGCUGUGGCCCAGAUCCGUGGAGAAGCUUUUUUCUUCAAAGGCAAGUACUUCUGGCGGCUGACCCGAGACCGGCAUCUAGUGUCCCUGCAGCCGGCUCAAAUGCACCGCUUCUGGCGAGGCCUGCCGCUGCACCUGGACAGUGUGGACGCUGUGUAUGAGCGUACCAGCGACCACAAGAUCGUCUUCUUCAAAGGAGACAGAUACUGGGUGUUUAAGGACAAUAACGUAGAGGAAGGAUACCCACGGCCUGUCUCGGACUUCAGCCUCCCGCCGGGUGGCAUCGAUGCUGUCUUCUCCUGGGCCCACAAUGACAGGACUUAUUUCUUUAAGGACCAGCUGUACUGGCGCUAUGAUGACCACACACGGCGCAUGGACCCUGGCUACCCUGCCCAGGGCCCCCUGUGGAGGGGUGUCCCCAGCAUGCUGGACGACGCCAUGCGCUGGUCUGAUGGUGCAUCUUACUUCUUCCGUGGCCAGGAGUACUGGAAGGUGCUAGAUGGUGAGAUGGAGGCAGCACCUGGGUACCCACAAUCUACUGCUCGGGACUGGCUGGUAUGCAGCGAGCCACUGGCGGGUGCAGAGGAUGCAGGACCUGGGCCACAGGGCCGUAGUGGGGCACAGGAUGACCUGGCCAUGUGCUCCUGCACUUCAGAUGCAUACAAGUCUGCGCUGUCAUCGCUGCUGCUGCUGCUGCUACUGCUGCUGCUGUCACUGCUGUGGGGCCUGCUGUGGACCUCACUUCCCUCCCAGGCACCCUGAGGGCAGUGCUGGCUUUGAGGAAUCAAGGAGCCAGGGACCUACCAGCCAGUGGACCCGCAGGGGACAUGCUCCUUCCCUUCUUCCUUACUUCACUGAACCCAGAGGUGCUGUGCCCUCCCCUAGAGUGAACCCCAACUGGGACAGGACACCCUACCAGUGCACUACAUACCCUUCCUGUCUGGAGCAGCCAUGGCACAGUGCCCCUUCCCUCUUCUGUGCACCAUACUGUUUCAUUGCACCUUACCAGACCACUGACCAGCCCAAGGCCAGCUGUCACAGUCCUGGGAUGCCUUGCCUGUGCCAGAGCAGCUCUAAUACCUGCACAUGGACUGGUGGGGGUUAGAGAGGUCCUCCUAGUGUCCAUAGGGAUCACUGUGCUAUUUCACAGAUGAGAUUGUUGAGGCCCAGAUCGGGGAACAGGGUGGGAAAUGGGCACUCAUCUAGGAGUCUGAUCUAGUGCCACUUGCAGCAGCUGGUGUCAUCUGCUAGUGCAGGAGGAUCAGUCACACUCAGGACCUGCCUGCAGGUGCACAGAUGUUGGCCAGGGCACAGUAUCUAGGCCUUGCUCUACCCAUCUGGACCACAGCCAUCCCUCCUCAUCCUAGAUAGCAGGAAGUGGAAACUAUGUCCUGUUACCUCCUUCUCCAUAGUCAGGAGAGACUUGUGGGUCCUCCUGGGAUGCUGUUGGGCAGGGAUGUGCCUAUGGAGACAUCUCCCAUCCUUAAGACUCCCUGCUAGUGCCCACUGCUGGAUCAAGAUGGCCCAUGGGGCUCUAGGCUGAGACCCUGUGGCUUAGACUCAUGACUGUCCACUCCCUUGGCUACAGGGAACUUCUAAUACCUGAAGCAAAAAUGGGGUUAAGUUAUGGUAGGAUGGUUGGUUGAGCCCAGGCCCUACAUAGGAAAACGGAACAUAGGGUGGCAGUGAAAGGGGCAGCUAUAGGGAUCCUCCAUAUGUCCAAGUUAAGGCAGCAAAAUUCCCCUGGAGCUGUUACACUAUCACCUCUUGGCCUGGACUUGGGGAAGUAGGAACUAUGGAAGAGGAGCUGCCUGAGUGAUGAGCCUUCAGGACUGGUCCAGGAAGGUCCUCCGAGUGGGACUGAGGUAGAGGAUCAAAUGACCAGAAGACAGGCAGCCACAGGGAGGAAUUACCAGGCUCAGGAGUUCUGGGGGUGGGAUGGGUCUGGGAACUGAGGACAGGCCCAAGGGCUGGGACACCCAGGUAGGCUUGGAGGCAUAGUAAGUUAGUUCAUUCACUGAACAUGAUGAGACCUAAAUGAUCACAUACCCCUCUUCAAAUGACCUAGUCCCAUCUCAGAUGAAAAAGUCCUCUUUGCACCCUGGUCACACCACACUCCUGGCAUUAGUGCCACUUCUUGGAUCCUGGGUCAGGCUUGUGCCCAUGAGGAUGCGUGAGCAGCCAAGGCCAGCUCCCAGCCAGGCCUGGGCUUCCUCCAUCUCCCCUCCUCAAGCCUGGUCACAUCCUGCACCCACCUGACCAUACUCUAGAACUAGGCACAGGUCCCCCCCACCUGUCAGGCCAGAGAGGAUAAGCUAAGGUUCUGAGGCUUCCCUGUUAUGGGGUCACCCCACUCUGCCCUAUAUCAAAGCACGUUCUAUGGUGUCCCAUGUGGUCCAUCAGUCUGCAGGGCACAGCCAUCCUGGACGAUAAGGGAGAGUCCUAAGAUUCUUUGUCACACAACACUGAGAGCCAGGCCUGCAGGCCAAAGGUGUCUAGAUGGUAUCUCACUUUAAAGCCCAAACUCUAAUAAAACUUUUCUAUAUUGGCCAGGCUACAGCCCAGUGGUAGAACACUUGACUAGCAUGCAAGAGGCAGGAGGACUUGGGUUUGAUCCCUACCACUCAAAAAAACAAAGCCUUUUUCAUGCCCUUUGUCUUGAGUGAAGCAGUUAACAGACACAGUUCUAUGAAGCUUUCCUGUGCCUGCCUGCUUCCCUUCAUUGAUGCAGACACAGAUCUUCUGGUGGGGAGGGGUGUAGGUGGGUGCCAAUGGUACUGGCUUCCUCCAGGUUGUGCAGCUGGAGCUAGGAAUGCUCUGCUGGCCCUCUAUAUUUUAGAACAUGGUGUGUACUCAUGUUCAGAGACUGCAAGGAAAGAGAAGGAACAUUCUCCCUCCCAAAUAGUUGGAGAGAAUGAUGGUGGCCUCUGAGCACUGCUUCAGGUUCCUACAGACCAUGCCUCCUCCUGAGGUCAGAGUCUAGAAACAGCCUGGAAUGUCAGUCAGGCUACCCAAUUCUGAGAACCCCCCUCACAUACCCUUUUGUCCCAACCACACCCUCUCCAGGAAAGGAGCCAACUCAGUGCCAUGCUGCCCUUCAGUUGGUUUCUAGCCUGGCACUACUACCCCUAUGACUUUGGCCCCUGUCUGACCCUGUUAGCUUGCCUGAAGUUUCCUGGGGCCACACACAUCCAGCUCUUGUCCUGCAGCAACAUCUGGUGUGAUACUAUACAGCCUUCCCUUCUAGACAAGUCACCCUUAAAUACACAUGAGAAGUUCUGAUUCAUGGUCUGUGAGUCCCAGGCUGAGCUGGUCCUCUUCUCAAGUAGUUGCUAGCCUGUGGCCACAGCGAAACCCUAGGAUGGGGGUAAGAGGGUUCACACCACCCAGUGAGGGCCCAGGACUCUGUAAGGGAAGCUGAAGUCUUAUAAGUAAAUGUAUAUUCUGUGUAUGGGGGAGAAGCUCAGAACAUAUUGGCCACAGCCACUCCAGCUUCUGCUUUACAGGUAGAGAAACUGAGGUAGCACCUUAGUCUGCCCAGGUUAUAUACUCCCUGUUCCUGGUAGCUAGUAGCCAAGUUGGGGCCUAUGUGCCUUCAGGUAGCCCCUAUUCACAUGUAUCCCCUCCUUGCUGUGUCCCUUUAUGGUCAAAAGGACACUGGGUUUUUGCCUUCUUACAAGGCACCAUCUGGGCAGGCAAGAUAGCUCAGUGGGUAAAGGUGCCUGCCACCAAGGCUGACAACCUGAGUUCGGGACCUAUAUUGUGGAAGAAGAGAACCAGUCCUGCAUAUUGUCCUAUUUUAUGUGCACACAAGAUAAAAUAUGAUUUUUUGUUGUUGAG